AUGGCCUAUUGUUCUUUGUGUGUAUCAGCCAUAAUUAAUGAUGACGACACUUUAUCAACAUCACUAUCUUCUUCAUUGCAACUAACAACUUCUUUAUCUUUGUCAUCAAUAUCUUCCUCUCAUACAUCAAAAUUGUCAUCAACAUCGUCAAUGCUAUCAUCAUCUAAUAUGAAAUUUAUGACUAACCCAAAGUUUUCACUCGAGUUGACUGAUGAUCGGCUUAAAAUUUAUGGCGCAUGGAUUCUUGGAAAACUUGAUGGAAAAACAUCAGAAUUGAAUGCAACAAGUUCCAACAUGAACGGGUUGGAAUCAAUGGAUUCAAAUUAUGUUCGUUAUAUUGUUUCAUUCUUUAAAGUACAUGUGUGUGAUUAUCAUAGCCAACCAAAAGCUGUUAAAAAAGUUAACAGAGAAGAAUUUAUCACUGAAUGGGGUCCUAAUAUUUCUUUAUAUGAUUCUAUUCAUGAGGGACAACGAGCUGUUACAAAUGGGAUAGGAUUGAGCGUUGUUGACAUCAAAAAGAACACGAUGUGGUAUCAAUUACAUUGGCAAUUGGGAAGCCAAAAAAGGAUACUAUGUGGAAUUGUUAUAGAGGUACAACCUGCAAUGGCUACGGAUAUAAGUGGACAACUUGUGCUUAUGCCAAAUCAAUGCUUGAAUCUUGAGUCUUGGGUGGGGGUUAAUGAAUCAAUCCUUCCUGUUUAUGAAUCUAGUGCGAAAAAAUUGUGUAAAUUAUAUUUACCUCGCAUUUAA